CCCUUUAAGAGCUGCAAUUCAUUCCCGCCGCAAGGGGAGCGGGGUUCGAGGCUUCCGGCAAUUGCUGCCGGAAAGAAGAAAUUGCAUUCCUUUGACCGGGCUGGGAGCCUGAGCUUGGAGGCCGGGGGCGAGCGUGGCGGUCCGAGCCCUGCAGUGGCCACAUCCAGCAGGUCUGGCGUCUCACGCUUGCAGUCUUGUGCACGCGUGUCUGUAGUGGGACUUCCGAGGCAGUGUGCAGUAGACAUGAUCUCGGAGCUGAAGUUCUUAGUUCCCUGGGGUCAUAUUGCAGCCAAGGCAUGGGGACCACCACAGGGUCGACCUGUACUCUGUUUGCAUGGCUGGUUGGACAAUGCAAACACUUUCGACAGGCUCAUUCCUUUGCUCCCUAAAGACUGCUAUUACACGGCAAUAGACUUUGGGGGACAUGGGCUGUCAUCGCACCGGCCGCCUGGGUUCCCAUAUCACUUCUUUGACUAUGUGGGAGAUGUGCGCAGGGUAGUUGCAGAAUUGAAGUGGAAUCGAUUUACCCUCAUGGGCCAUAGUUUAGGUGGAUCUGUGGCAGGAAUGUUCUCAUGCAUUUUCCCUGACAUGGUAGACAAGCUGAUCCUGGUGGAAUCGUACGGCUUUUUCCCAGCACCGAAGGGUGAUGAGAGGGGCCCAGGAUUAAAUAGACAAAAGAAGCCAAGCUCCCCAGUCACCCCUAAAGGUGCCCCAUCAUUAUUAGAGGACUAUGGACUGCUGCUAAAGUCCAAAAGGAAGCUGUUUGAGGAUCUGCUGAGUUUUGAGGCAAACAAGCGAUAUUCCCCUAAAGCACGCAGCCCUCAAGAGGCACUUCAAAGAUUAUUAGAGGCAAACCCACACCUAACAGAAGACAGUGGAAAAAUAUUGCUGCAGCGGGGGACAACUGAAGUGCCAGGAGGUCUGGUCUAUAACAGAGAUGUGAGAAUCUCUUUGCACAAUCACAGCUUUGUGACUUUGGACCAAUGUUUGAUCUUCUUGAAAAAAAUCCAGGCUGAUGUACUAAUGAUCAUAGCACAAGAUGGGAUUUUUUCCAUUGUGUCUGAAGAGAUGCCCGUUGUGAAACCCUUGCAAGAGGCAUACAAGACCUUCCUAAAAGAGCGCUUCCAAUAUGUCAGUGUAUCUGGAAAUCACUUUGUCCACUUGAAUGAACCGGAAGUUGUGGCUGGGAUCAUCAGUACCUUCUUAAGUAAAAACGAGGGUCUCAAAGCCAGUCUCUAGCCGGCAUCACUAUCUUCCCUGCUGACUGCCCAGUGGAUGGUUUCUGUAGGAAGACCUAUCUCUUACUACUGCUGGAGUGAGGACAACGUUGCUGCUGAACCUCCGAUAGGACUCCUCCUUUGGGGCAGAGGACUACCAGAUUGCCCUGGGAACAACUGCAAGAAUCUUGAACGUCUGUAAAAGUUAUGAAUGAAAUGUAGCCACAUCUGCUGUUGCCAAUAAUGUUCCUUCAAGCAGAAGCAGCACUUCUGCUGCACCUCUGUUGCUGCGGGCGGGGGGGGGGCAGGCAGUUACAAACACACGCCUGUUUUUACACAAAGUCUCAGGCAGCUUACUGGUUAAUUAAUGCACACAGGCUCCAUGGGAUAUCAUGAGCUGUGGCUUUGAGUUAUUUUUACUGUUUUUGCUAUAGUAGUCGACUUUCGGCUGAAAGCCCAAUGUUUAAAACAGAUGAUAGCUCUUUAAUAAAAUGAGUAUUGGCUUCUA